AUGGAUUUUGAUUACAAUAGCGAUGAUUUAAUGAGCGAUUCCUAUUCCUCUUUCAACUAUCUGGAGCAGAAGCCUGGAGUUUCACAGCAAAAGAUUGUCCGCUUAACAAGGUAUCCUCUGACUAGUGUUAGCCGUGGCGGUGACCUCAUGCUAGCUGCGACUUCAGCUGCUAGUUCCGCCAAUUCUUCCGUAUCUUCAUAUAGUGUUAGAGAUCGAAGUACCACAUCGACAGCUACUUGUGCUGUUUGUGGUGAUGGAACAGCUAAGCUUCAUUAUGGAGUGUUAGCUUGUUAUGGCUGUAAAGGUUUUUUUCGACGAACCUUGACAGGAAAGUAUCGAUAUGUAUGUCGAUUCGGCAAUAAUUGCAUUGUGGAUAAAUAUCAAAGAAAUAGCUGCAGAUACUGCCGAUUUACACGAUGUAUCGAAGUCGGAAUGGAUCCCAAAGCUGUUCGGCCGGACCGUGACAUUACCGGAAAACAACGAGUACCGAGAAUAAGAAAGAAGCAAAUAGAUGAAGAUUUGCUUAACCAUGUGAUGAGAUUGCAAGGAGAUGAUUGGUCAAGAAAGCUUCCGGUUGAACAUCGCAUUAUGUUAAUGCAAUUGAUGAACAUUGAAAAUAAGGUUGCUAAAGGAGAUUUGCCAAAAACUAACAGCCACAAGAACUAUGUCAGAGAUUCAAAAAAUAUUUCUUUGCGCGAGAUGUUUGAACAAAAGCCUUUAAUAGAUGGUCGAAGAACCGAGAUGAGUUAUGAGCCUUACCGAAUGACACGGACAGAAGAACUGUCCGAGAUUGCUCAUCGAAGAGCUAUAGCUGCUGUUGACUGGGUCGAGAACUUAACAGAGAUUGCCGAAAUCAUCUCAACGGACGAUAAGGUCUCUCUUGUGAAAGCUUGCUACUCGCCGUUGACUAUCUUCAACUUUUCCGCCCGAACCGCCCAAAACACAACAAAUCCUGACAUACUGUGUCUAUGUAGUCAUUCAUAUGUUCCUCGUCAGUUACCUCCGGAAUUCAAUGAAACCAAUCAUUUAUCGAAUAUUCUGAUCGAUAGAACUCUUAACGAAUUAGUUGCUCCUCUAAGAAAACUGAGUUUGAAGGAAGAAGAGAUUGUUACCUUGAAGUCUAUUAUCAUUCUCAAUCCAAAUGCCAAAGGCCUAUCCACACAUGCUAAACAAGCUAUCGCCGAUCUUCGAGAUAAAAUGCAGGACAUGCUGUUCCAGAUCGUCAAAGAAAUCCAUCCAAAUAGCCCUUCAGGCAGCAGUCGAUUCGGAAACUUGUUGCUUCUCUUGCCUACGAUCACAACAUUGUCUGGAUUGAUGAGCGAGAAUAUGCAGUUUUGCCAAGCUUUUGGUGGCCGUCAUAGUGGAGAUCCAUUGCUUUCGGAAAUGUUUGGAGAUCAGAAACCAGUUUUCGAUGACUCUGACAUGAUCAGCUCGUCUGUCAGUCCUCCACUUUUUGAUCCCGCCGAUAUUUCCUUGCAGUCGAUCUCACCACCACUAUUGAAUUCUCCAAAAUCAGUAAUGGCUCGUCCGCGCGUAUCAAGAAGAGAAACUGCUACCCAGACUGAUCUUGAUCGUUCAAGCAGUCCAUUAUCACAUAGUAGAAGUAGUAACUCAUUAAUAAGUGGAGGCUAUUCCCCUCCUGUAAGCCUUUCAAUGAAUUCGCCUUUCCAUACACUACUUGAUGACGAGUCAUUUUCACCCGGAAAUGACAUGGUUAACGGUUUAGUGGAUCUCGGCAAUGGUGACCUCUUUUCGCUGAUUCAGUAA